AUGGAUGGGACGGACAGCGGGAAGCGAAAGCUCCCCUUUUUUCGCUCCACUACCCCAAUUGACCGCCGCCGCAAAUCCACCGUCCACUGGCACCGUGGACUGCGGUCGUUCCUAUAUCUGAUCGCCUGGAUCUUUUUGCUCUUGGUAGUCAUUGGCAACAUCGCUAAUAAGCCAGUCCUACGGAGUACCUACUUUCUUUACCUCGAUCUCUCCAACAUUAUCCCCGUUUCCGUGCCCAAUGCUGUCCUUAUCAACUCUAUCGCUCAGACCAUUGGUCUACACGACUUUUACCAGGUCGGUUUGUGGAAUUUCUGCGAAGGCUACAAUGGAGAUGGUAUCACCCAUUGCUCCAAGCCAGAGACUCUAUAUGCGUUCAACCCAGUUGAGAUUAUCCUGAACGAGCUCUUGUCCGGUGCUAGUAUCGCUCUUCCAUCAGAUAUUGAGGAACCCCUUAACCUGGCCCGUGUCGCCUCCCACUGGAUGUUCGGACUUCUUCUCUCCGCAGCUGUCCUCAACUUCGUGAUGAUCUUCGUUGGCCCACUCGCUGUAUCCUCGCGGCAUCCACGCUACAUCAAGGGCUGGGCAGCAGGCUACGACUCAGCCAAUGGCAACGCCACGCACGCAGCCGGCCAGCCGCCCCACCGCCGACGCACGUUCGUUUGGCUGCGUGCCCUCCCCAUGCUCAUCCUCACAUUCUUUACCGCCCUGGUGACGAUCGUCGGCUCGGCCGUCGCGACAGUCAUGUUCGUGAUUUUCGCCAACGUCUUCGAGACCGCCGACCCCAGCAUCAACAUCAAGGCUCACGUUGGCACCCCAAUGCUAGCCUUUAUGUGGAUUGGCUCGGCAUUCUCCUUGAUCGCAUUCAUCAUCCAGAUUGGCUCAUGUUGCGCGGCCUGCUGUCGCGGCCGCAAGGCGCGCAAGCAGCUCAAGUCUCAGGGCGUCAAUUGGCGCGAGAAGGGCUCAACACACACCAGUGUUGAUUCUCCGGUUGAGUCAUCUACCCCGGCGAUUAACCACGCUGUGUCUUCGGGUAGAGAUAUUCACCCUGUGAGCCCCAUUGAAGAGCGUCGUCUUAGCUCGAGUGGCCAUGCUUUCUCGAAUGAGCAUGAGCAGCGGCUUGGCUCGAGUGGCGGUUAUCCCGAGCACACCCACGGCAACACCUUCUCAACUGAGCCCCACGCAGUCUCAAAAUGA